ACCACAGAAGAAAAUGUUCCAUUUGACUAGCCAAUCAUGACUUACAUUUCCUUUAAUGGAAAAGUGUGCGUAGGUUGUGACAUCCGUGAGUAAGAACAGUGUCGCUGCCUGUCAGCUACAGGUCAUCAUCACACAUGGACAAGCUGCAUGUUUUUCUAGUUGUUCUCUUAGGUAAUUAUUUUGAUAUUACAUUUUGAAGAUUACAUUACAAUUGGUCCCAUUUUGAGAAUUAACUCAUGCAGUAACCCACAUCUUUUUUAACGUGAAAUGCUGCGCUGUAACAUUUCAACCUGCUUAAAUUGUUGUGUUUGUAUUCCAGGAGUUGUUUCCUGCAGUCAUGAUGGGAUCUCUGGAUCAGUGUUGGAGGUUACAGUCAGACCAGGAGACAACAUCACUCUGUACUGUGACUGCAAAACAUCAUCUGGAGUAUACAUAGUGUGGUACAGGAACUGUUCUCAUGAGAACCAGCCUUCUCUUGUUCUGAAAACAAAAUUUGAGAAAAUGUAUGUCCCCAGAGACUCUACAGACAUUCUGAAUCCAUUCCCUCGUUUUCAUUUGGUGAAGAACCAGUCCUCUGAAUCCUAUGACCUGCUGAUCAUGAACAUCACUGAUUCAGAUGAGGGCCUCUACUACUGUGGAACUGAACAGACCAAGGUGGAGGAUAAGACAACAAUUUCUGACAGAAAUGUUUACACUUAUGGAAAUGCCACAAGGAUCGUAGUCAACUCCAGUGAGCCUCGUUUCCUGACUUCAGACUGUGGUGUGUGCUGGACACUGCUGUUCUCUCUGUGUCCAGCUUGUUCUGUGCUCUCCUCUUUACUCUCCUCUAUUCUGGUUUAUCACAUCUGUAAGAAAACAGUUAAAGAACCUCAGGUUGAUGAGCAAACACCUGACACUAGAGGUCAAACAAGACUGAAUCAGGGUGAAGAUGUGUGUUAUGCUGCAUUGGAAAACUGUCAGGCAUCACAGAGACCAACAAAGAAGAAAACUCCACGUUCUGACUUCAGCACUUAUUCUGCCAUUAAUACUUCUGGGGUGUAAAGCAACACAAGAAGUUGUAUAAUGAAUUAAUUAUUGUUGAUACAUAUAGAUUAUUCUAUUCUAUUAGCCCAGAGUUAAGCAACAGUCAUUACCAUCAAUAACUGACCUGUAAGAAAAUGUGUAUGUAUAAACUAGUUUACUUUUUUGUGAAGGUUGAAAGCAAUUGUUUGUUUGGAAAAGUUCAUACCAAACUCUACUUUUUUGUCAAUUCUCCAAUGACGAUAAAUAUACAGCAACUGUUUUGCUGUAUUAUUCAAAAGUUCAUAAAGCCAUCAGUGCUUCCACUGUGUACUUCCACUUCAACUGUUUCUGAUUGUUUCUAAUUGUUUUGGAUUUUCCACUGUUAGUGGCCUGAACCACAAUUUAUAUGAAUUCAUUGUGUUCAUUUGUUCAUUCAUUCUUCUAAGAAUAUACAUGAUUUUAUCUCAUCAUGCCUGGAUUACUGUAACAGCCUUUUUACAUGUCUAAAUAGAAAAAAACUGUAGAGCAGCUACAGACAGUACAGAACUCAGCGGCCAGGUUUUGAACCAGAGGAAACAGGUUUGAACACAUCAACCCAGUUUUAGCCGUUUUACACUGGCUUCCAGUAUGUUUUAGAAUUUUAGAUUUCAACGUUCUUUUAAUUACUUAAAUAGCACUAAAUAAUCUGACCCCUCAAUAUAUCUCAGAUUGUUUAUCUCCAUACGACUCUCAUCUGAAGACUAAGGGGAACAGAGCUUUUGAAAUGAGAGCCCCGAAGCUCUGGAACAACCUGCCUGAGGAAAUGAGGCAGGCUGAGUCUGUGGCUUCCUUUUAAUCUAAACUCAAAACUACUUUUAUCACACCACCUUCCCUGAU